AUCAGGUAAAUGUCUACAUUAUUGAUCUUCCAAACCAACAUGGUGGAAAAUAUAUUGUUGAAGGACAUUAAAUAACAAACCGAUAUUUUGACAAUUUGUGCCACUUCUUGUAGUUGAGUCACGUAUUUCGGGUGCAAACAUUUCAAAUGAUUAUUGGCUUAAAUGUAGAUUGGAGUUAGAAAGCACUGUAUUAACCGUGACAAGAUAGGUGCAUUUAAUAGAAAAGGAUUAAGCCGUAAAUGGAUACUCAGAAGAGCUUUAAAUGAAAUCUGUUUUGCACGAGUAUAAUCACGUGCUCGUUAUAUGAUGACAUUUACCAACAUAAUGAUACUAUAGCAAUAGACAUAACUAAUCAUGUGAGAAGUUUAGUGAACAUACCGGAGGCGCUGAUCAUUUAAUCGAUUUAUAAUUAAAUAUUGAUAGUCCGGACAUAUCAAUAUUGCUUACUUACAUGUAUACAUUUGUGAGUGAACGGAAUGUUAACAUUUACAGCUUAACUGUACUUGACACGAUUUUUCAAGUGAAGUAGGGGAACAAUAAAGUUAACUAACGUAAUAAGCUGGAUUUUGUCUCACAUUUAUUGAUCAGUUAUUUCUAAACAGUAUGUAUUGAAAACGUGACUGUGUAAUGAAAAAACGUGACCGUGUAAUGAAUGCAAAUGUUUAUUGAAUUCUUUUGUGAAAAACAACGACGGACGAACUUCCGAGGAAUAUAUUAGACGAUUUGUAAUGUCGGGGACCGAAGCUGAACCGUUGUUUGCCCUGUUGGAGCUUAUGCUCCGGACCUUUACGGCAAAUACAGGGCCUAAAAUAAAACCAGGCGGGCACCCGGAAGACAUCUUUGUAAAUUUGAAUGAUGAAGAAAAGGAGGAAAUAGAAUGCGCAAUAUGCUACCAAAUCCUAAAAGAUGUUCGCGAGUGUCAAAACAAACAUGCAUUUUGUUAUUCUUGUAUUUUCGUCUGGUCUACCAGUGGAAAUCCAAUCAACCACAGCAGAUGCCCUGUGUGCAGGGUUGAGGGACUAUAUGUUAGAAACAAUGCAUUGGACGAAAGAAUAAACGCCAAAAUAGUAAAAUGUUCUAUGAACAAAUGUAAAUGGAAGGGCCCACUUGAAGGUCUAGCUUCACAUCAACACACGCUAUAUUCAGAAGACACACGUGUGUCAUCAACAAUAAAUACCACAGACGAGAAAAAGACAGAACUUCCGGUUGUUGCAAAUAGUCCGGCGCCAACGCCGUCGUCUACUUCACGGAGCCGCUCACGCGCAGGUUCUUCACAAAUUUCAUCUACUCCAUCAUCACAGACAUCAGUUAAUUCUAGACCAAAUACCCAGCGGCAGCCUUUAGGCACACAAUCCUUGAAUAAUAGCAACAAUACACAAACAAACAGCAGAACCAGUCAGCGUGCCAAUGGACAAACAACAACACGCUCAAGAACGCGCAGCAGACACCGCAGUAGCCAAAAUACUUCGUCGCCUCAACGUCGGUCAAAUAUUUCGGCUACAGGUCUAACUAAUCGGCUUACAUCUCGCGCCAGAAUACAAAACGAUGGAACAAUAGACAAGAGAACAGUGACUGGUCAAUCAACAACGCGUAAUAUAGUUUCUACAGCAGACGAAAACCAAAAUCCUGUUGUAGAGCAAGCAACAACGGAAACAGUUCAUGUUCCACACCCACCGACGACACCCCGCUCGUCAACAAUCACUCCGCGUCCUUCACAAACACCCCGGCGUCUACCAACGUUACCAAACUUGCUACCUCUCAACAGUAGCAGCAGCAGCAGCAGCAGCAGCAACAACAGUAACAACAACAAUAGUAAUUCCAACAGUGCCACUAACAGUCAAACCACAAAUACAGAUAAUAACAAUAAUGUAAGACCUACAGUGCCUUCAACUUUAUACGAUACUGCUGACACCCCACGCAGAUUCACUCUUGAAGCGUCCAUUCGGCGACCAUCUCAGCCGCGCUCUUUCGGGAUAAUUCGCGAACGGUUAAAUGAAAGUCGCCAACGUUUGGACAUGCUUAUGAACGUGUUUUCAGUAGAACUUGACAGAGGGCGCCAAGAUCUGACUUCAUUCCAAGAAGAACGUGAACGCAGACGACAGGAGCAGUUGGCGGAAGUUCGUGACCUCGGCAGACGACUAACACAAGUUGCGACAGAAUUGCGCGGCCUUUUGUCGCAGAGACGCCAAAUAAGAACUCAGAUGGACAAUCUUUUAGAAUCUGCAUCAGACGAUCAGGAUGAAUGAGCUGUGUGACCUGUGAUAUAAUGACUGUGUUACAUGACAAGAAUUAUUAUUUGUAAAAGCUGUAAAAAGAUAAAAAGAAAACAAAUGUUGUUCCAACUCGUUCUACUUUUCCAGAAAGUAGACUUACGGUAUAACUUUCUUGAAGAGAUAUUUUUCCUUACCAGAUAGAAAUAUAAAUUUGUCAUCACACAUACAUUGGUAUCUUAUGUGAAGCUUUCAUCUGGCAAGAAUGUAAAAUUCUAGGUGUAUAGGAGUUGAAUAUCAAUCUUACUAUUUUCAUGAAUAACAUUUGUUAGCUCGACUAUACGAAGUAUAUGGAGAGCUGUCCUACUCGCCCCGGCGUCGGCGUCGGCGUCGGCGUCCGCGUCCGCGUCCAGAUUUUAGAUUAAAGUUUUGGUGCAGUAAAAUAUUUUUCACUAUAACUUUGUCAUUUCUUAAGGUAUCAACUUCAAACUUCAAAUAUAUGUUCCUUAUCAUCAACCACAUCUUAUGUGACAAGGUUCAUAACUCUAGCACCAAUAUUGUCAGAUUUAUCUCCCCUUGAACUUAGAAUUUUCCUUAAAAAAUACUAUUUUUUACUGAUACUUCUUUAUUUCUUAAGGGAUCAACCUCAUACUUCAAAUAUAUGUACAUUAUCAUCAUCCCCAUCUUAUGUGACAAGGUUCAUAACUCUAGCACCAAUAUUUUCAGAUUUAUCUCCCCUUGAACUUAGAAUUUUCCUCAAAAAAAUACUAUUUCUUACUGUUUCUUCUUUAUUUCUUAAGGGAUCAACCUCAUACUUCAAAUAUAUUUACGUUAUCAUCAUCCCCAUCUUAUGUGACAAGGUUCAUAACUCUAGCACCAAUAUUUUCAGAUUUAUCUCCCCUUGAACUUAGAAUUUUCCUCAAAAAAUACUAUUUCCUACUGAUCCCUUUAUUUCUAAAGGGAUCAACCUCAUACUUCAAAUAUAUUUAUGUUAUCAUCAUCCCCAUCUUAUGUGACAAGGUUCAUAACUCUAGCACCAAUACUUUCAGAUUUAUCUCCCUUUGAACUUAGAAUUUUCCAUAAAAAAUAUUAUUUUUGACUGUAACUUAUUUAUUUCUAAAGGGAUCAACUUCAUACUUCAAAUAUAUUUACGUUAUCAUAAUCCACAUCUUAUGUGACAAGGUUCAUAACUCUAGCACCAAUAUUGCAAGAAUUAUCUCCCCAUAAACUUAGAUUUAUUUACUAGAAAAAUGUUAUUUUUUAUUUUAACUUUUUUUAUUUUUAAAGGUAUCUACCUCAAACUUCAAAUACUCAUUCCUUAUCAUCAAUUACGUUUUAUGUGACAAUGUUCAUAACUCUUGAAGCAAUAUUUACAGAUUUAUCUCUCUUUGAACUUAGGUUUUCUUUAAGAAAUAUAAUAACUUCUUUAUUUUUUAAGGUAUCUUCUUCAAACUUCAAAUAUAUAUUUCUUAUCAUUACACAAAUGUUGUGUGGCAAGGUCCAUAACUCUAGCAUGACUAUUUCUAGAAUUAUUCCCCUUGAUCUUGGUAUUUAUGUUAACAAAUGUUAUUUUUUUACUAUAACUUGAUACAUAAUUAUACAUAAUUGAUUUUUCUUUCAUAUUUUUGUCCUCCUUACUGCGUCCAGUAUUUUAUUAGUCGAGCUUCGCUGUCUCCUGUGACAGCUCUUGUUUUUAUUUUAUUUUUGGUUAAGAAAAACUAUAAUUUUGAUCAGUGCAAGUCUACCAGUGGAAAUCCAGUCAACCACAGCAGAUGCCCUGUGUGCAGGGUUGAGGGACUAUAUGUUAGAAACAAUGCAUUGGACGAAAGAAUAAACGCCAAAGUAGUAAAAUGUUCCAUGAACAAAUGUAAAUGGAAGGGCCCACUUGAAGGUCUAGCUUCACAUCAACACAUGCUAUAUUCAGAAGACACACGUGUGUCAUCAACAAUAAAUACUGCAGACGAAAAAAUAACAGAACUUCCGGUUGUUGCAAAUAGUCCGGCGCCAACGCCGGUGUCUACUUCACGGAGCCGCUCACGCACAGGCUCCUCACAAAUGUCAUCUACUCCAUCAUCGCAGACAUCAGUUAAUUCUAGACCAAAUACCCAGCGGCAUCCUUUAGGCACACAAUCCUUGAAUAAUAGCAACAAUACACAAACAAACAGAAGAACCAGUCAGCGUGCCAAUGGACAAACAACAACACGCUCAAGAACGCGCAGCAGACACCGCAGUAGCCAAAAUACUUCGUCGCCUCAACGUCGGUCAAAUAUUUCGGCUACAGGUCUAACUAAUCGGCUUACAUCUCGCGCAAGAAUACAAAACAAUGGAACAAUAGACAAGAGAACAGUGACUGGUCAAUCAACAACGCGUAAUAUAGUUUCUACAGCAGACGAAAACCAAAAUCCUGUUGUAGAGCAAGCAACAACGGAAACAGUUCAUGUUCCACACCCACCGACGACACCCCGCUCGUCAACAAUCACUCCGCGUCCUUCACAAACACCCCGGCGUCUACCAACGUUACCAAACUUGCUACCUCUCAACAGUAGCAGUAGCAGCAGCAGCAGCAGCAGCAGCAGCAACAACAACAGUAACAAUGACAAUAGUAAUUCCAACAGUGUCACUGUCAGUCAAACCACAAAUACAGAUAACAACAAUAAUGUAAGACCUACAGUGCCUUCAACUUUAUUCGAUACUGCUGACACCCCACGCAGAUUCACUCUUGAAGCGUCCAUUCGAAGACCAUCGCAGCCGCGCUCUUUCGGGAUAUUUCGCGAACGGUUAAAUGAAAGUCGCCAACGUUUGGACAUGCUUAUGAACGUGUUUUCAGUAGAACUUGACAGAGGGCGCCAAGAUCUGACUUCAUUCCAAGAAGAACGUGAACGCAGACGACAGGAGCAGUUGGCGGAAGUUCGUGACCUCGGCAGACGACUAACACAAGUUGCGACAGAAUUGCGCGGCCUUUUGUCGCAGAGACGCCAAAUAAGAACUCAGAUGGACAAUCUUUUAGAAUCUGCAUCAGACGAUCAGGAUGAAUGAGUUGUGUGACCUGUGUUACAUGACAAGAAUUAUUAUUUGUGAAAGCUGUAAACAGAUAAAAGAAAACAAAAUUUUAUGUUGUUCCAACUCGUUCUACUUUCAAGAAAGUAAACUUACGGUUUAAUUUCUUUAAGAGAUCUUUUUCCUUACGAGUUAGAAAUAUAAAUUUGUCAUCACACAUACAUUGGUAUCUUAUGUAAAGCUUUCAUCUGGCAAGAAUGUAAAAUUCCAGAUGUAUAGGAGCUAAAUAUCAAUCUUACUAUUUUCAUGAAUAUCAUUUGUUUUUUUAUUUCAUUUUUGGUUAAGAAAAAAUGUAAUUUUGAUCAGUGCAAGUAUAAACAGGCGCAAAUUUAGUUUCUAAAACAUUGUUAUUAUUGUUGAUAAUAAUAUUGACUGUACCUCUGGUCGUCAGAAAAUUAGGAACUAAGUUCGUUCAUUAUGGGUACAAAUCUUUAUUGAUGUUAUUUUGAAACAAUGUACAAAAAGUACAUUCCUUUGCUAUUCAAUUUAGAUUGAUAUUAUUGUAAUUUCGAGGACAUACAUAUUAUAAUAUUACAUUUUCUAUGUAUACCCUUUGUAUGGGUCGCUAAAAUAUGUUUUGUUUACAGUUAUAUAGUUCAGUUUGUGCAGCCGGCUAGUUAAAAGAUAAUUUUAAUCUCUUGAAUUAUCGACGAAUUGGAUAUAAUAUUUACUUUCUUUAUCGCUCUUUGAUCAAUAAUAUCGUUUGUAUGAUAAGCGUUGUAAAGUGUUUUGUUGAUAUUACAACAUAAUAUGUCUUUAAUGUUUACAUAGCUUGAAAAUUAAUUAUUCUCUCCCUGGUUGCGUCAUCAACUGUUUUUUGAAUAAUGUAAACACUCGUUAUUAAAAAUACAUGAAAUUUAAUAGAUUAGAGUUUUAAGCGUACAGUGCAUUAAUCAAUAAGUAAAGAGUAUUUUUUUCAUACUAAUGUAAACAGUAACACAUAUUGUAUUUAAAUAAUAUGUACAUGUAUGUAAUUUGAUCCGACACGAACUGGGAUUUAUUUUUAUGUAUAUGUUUAACGCAGACCCUAUUUACAUUUUUGAUUAUAUAAAACCAUCAUUAAACUAAAUUUUGGAAUUUACUUUGUAUGAAAUUCAAAAUACGAUUUUGUUUACAUUUCACUACUUUUAUGAACAAAUUAUUUCACAUUCAGCGUGAUAAUCGUAAAACAUGUUCUAAAUCUGUUAUUGAAAAGUGUACUUUUGAAAAUUAAUGUGCCUUAAAUUGAAGAAAAACCGAAAGAGUAUACGGCAAUUUUAGGACACGACAAUUUUCUCAGAAUGAAAAGGGUUAAAAAAGUAAAUUUGUAAAUAUGAUAUAAAAUACUUGCACAUUUUAGUAUUACUCUGUUUCAGUUUUAGAUUAAAGUUGUCGUCUGUUGUAAUUUUUCAGAUGUAAGAAAAUCAUACUGUUUCAAAACGUAAAUUAAAUUAAUGCAAGUGUGUGUGUGUGUGUGUGGGGGGGGGGGGGGGAAUGGACAACAUUGGUUUUACAAGACCAUUCUCAAAUUAAGGUGCCGGAAGACCUUGGUUUUUUUUUACAAAUGUUUUUUGUUUAUUUUCAUGUAUAAACAUUUUAUUGUCCAAUCAUGGCUUUCCAUUUGGUUACGCAAUAACUAUGACAUAAUAUUAUUAUAAGAUGACAUUUUAACAUUUAUUUCUUGAAAUUAAAGGGGUCUGAACCGCGUUUGUCACUGCAUUACGAGAUACAUACCUGCUAUAGCAAUGAAUUUUUUUUUAUUUUUGAAUGGUGUGGAUAAUAAAAACCAUUUUGAAAUUAUAACAGUGGACUAAAAACAAUUUUAGAUAAAUUUUAAAAGUGGCAUUUUUUUGUGGUGAUUAAUGGGCCUUUAGAAGUGCUCUAUAUUUCGGUUAUUAUUGUUUAACAUGCUUUAGAGGUAUUAUCUAUUAACACUGCAAUUGUUAUUGGUUAUGCAUUAUAUAUAAAUGUUUAGUUUUACCACAAGGUCCGACCUUUUCAUCAUCAGGGAGUGUGAUUAUUUCUAUAGACAUUUUAUCAUCUCAGGAAACUGUUUCCUUCUUGACAUGCAUAGUUAUUGACGAGUUAAUUCUUGCUGCUAGUAUAUGGUUUCAAUUUAACACAUUUAGUCUCAUAAAAUAUAGGCCUACCACAUAUUCAAGAAAUUCCACUAAAGUACAAACGCCUAAAAAUGGAAAAAUUAAUUUUUUUUACAUCGAUCAUCUGGGACAGUUUAAACAGAAAGACAUGCAAACGAUAAUUAAGAAAUUUUUACUCGGAAUUAAGUUGAAAAUAUUCUUAGGAAAGCGUUGAAACGCUUAUCAAUUUCGGGCACUAUUAAAAUUAGAUCUGUCACUAUUAAAAUAAUUAUUCUGGAAAGAAAAAGUGAAUGAAGGAUUUGAAUUUUUGAGCACAUGUUAUUGGUUUAGACCUUCAUCAAGUUAAACAUUAAAAUUAAAAAAAAUCCAGUCCCGUCAUGUAAAAAAA